AUGCGCCGAUAUUUCAACUACUUCACUAUUGAUGCUUUUUCAACGAUGCUCUAUGGUGAAUCAUUAAAUUGCUUGAAGCGCGGUAGCGACCUGGUCAACGCUGAAACACCCGAGGGGGAGGUUUACCAAGCCCCCUUUAUUCAGUCUUUGCUAGACGCCACUCAUAUCAACACAGUCCUUGGGAUGGAAGCUGGUCUACUGCCCUUUUCCAAGAAACUCUUUUCCUGGCAUCCGUACAAGAAGGCAGGCGUGGACUUCGAUAACAUUAUCCGGCACUGCACCAAGGCGCGGUUCACAUCCAAAGAGAAUUAA